AUGUUGUAUAGUAAAUUUAAGCAAAUAUACAAGACUAACAAGCAAAUUAGGAGAUUCAUACUCUUCACUUAAUAUGUCUUUGUUUUUGGCUUCAUAUUCUAUAUGAUACCUGGUAAUCAGAUUCCUGGCUAAUAUUACAUGCGCUUGUUGUAUAUUAUGAUGAGAUAGAGGAGAGCUUUGAGAUAAUAAUAACAGAAUGAUGUUGCUCAUCUGGACAUAAUCAGAUUUUACAGCUGGAAGUUUAACUAUCUUGUGUAGAAUAAAAUGAUAAACCCUGAAUUCUUGGUAGAAGACAUUCUAGGUCUUUGCAGAAUCAUCGAUUAAGAUUAGCUUGAAGAAUCUGAAAAUACAAAUUAAAUUAUUUUAGAGUGUUUAGCCUACUUUAGCAAUACAUUCAUUCCCGGAAUAUUGAAGAAUGAAAAAUUUUUGCCUUUCCUUAAGAAAAAUUAACUUUAAACUGCCAUUCUCAGCUUUCUUGAUAUUAUUACUAUCAAAUAUGACCCUAAAAGUCAAUACCAAAUCUAAUUAGAGAAGUUAGAUAACGAAUAGUUUUAAUAUGCUACAGCUAUGAUGACAUAAUUUGUGAAUUUAUCACUAGUUCUCUUGAAAUAUUCUGAGCAAAGCGAUAUUCGAAUCAGAACACUGACAUAUCAAAUUUACUGUGAUUUUUUGACGAAGACUGAGAAUAAAUACGAUAUGGCUGAUUCGUUUUCCAAUGGAGAGGGUAUCUAAGCCAUUCUAACUGAGUAUAUAAUCAUUUUUAUUUAUAUUUUUAGUUUGAACAAUGAUGAGUCUUAGGAAUUGAAAUAUCAAGCUUUGAAGACACUUAGGCAUUUGAUGCAAUAAGAUCCAUUAGUUUGUAUCAAGUUUAUGAAACUAAAAAUUCUAUCAAACUUGAUUAUACAUACCCUACAAGAUGAUAGGUCUACUGAGGAAGAAAUCAUAAAGAUAAUAUAAUCAUUUAAAGAUAACUAGUUAAGGUAGAAACUUAUUAAGGAAUCAUAGGAUUUCAAAGAGGAAUAUAAGAGGCUUGAGGGGAUAAGUAAGAAGGAGAAAUGUGAUUUUAUAAAGAUUAGUCCUGAGAUGAAAAAGAUAUUGACUGAAUGCUUGUAAAUCUGA